CUCAACCUCUGAAAAUAGCAACCCUACCUUUUUUACGGGUCCGUUGUGACUGUUGGUCAGGCACACUUUAAGCUUAUCGCCAAAUUUGGAGCCAUGGGCGGAGAUCCUUGACCACGAGGCACGCCAGGCAGGAACAAUACUACCCACCACCAUUGCCACAUUAGGCGCACGUACGCCGGAAGAUGCGCUCUCAGUAAUCGACCAAGUUAUCGUAAGGAUGCCGCGUAGGGCACAUAAGAAGUCGCGCAAUGGCUGCUUUGAAUGUAAGCGGCGCCACAUUAAAUGCGACGAGAAACAACCGAUAUGUUCCAACUGUCGGUCUUCGGAACGUUCCUGCGAAUACGCGGAUCCGUUCAUACGGGCGGCCAGUUCGCAGUCAAGCAAGUCAUCGAUCCCGUCACCGUGCCAGCAGGUGACGGAUGAACUACCCCUGCGUUCGCCUGCACAUCCAUCUUCUCUUUCUCUUUCUGAAAGUCCCCCAGUCAACAUGCUUCACGCUGAGCUGUACUUCAACUUGAUGAAUUACACCCUCUUCAGCCUCAGCGAAGGUGAGAUUGGAUGGUUUGGUACCCCGGACGUGAUGCGAAUUAUUGUCUCGACGCCUUAUCUCAUCAAUCAAGUCCUUGCACUAAGUGCUCUACACUUGAGCGUAGCGCGUCCAGAAAAGAGAGAGUGGUAUCGGCGCCAUGCAACCCAUCUACAAACGCAUGCAUUAGAGAUUUACAGUCAAAGGAGACUCGAGGUUGACCAGGAGAACAGUGUCUCACUAUUUCUUUUCUCCAGCAUCCUCGGUGCGCAUACUCUCUGUGACGUCUUGGUUCACCGUGAAGACACCAGUUUCGAUAGAUUUCUGGAAAGAUUCGUGCAUUGCUUGAAACUCCAACUUGGUAUUCGCGUCGUUAUUUCUUCGACUACGUGGAAAUCACUACAGGAGUCAAUCCUUAAGAAACCGCUUCAAGAUGGAGCGAUCUUGUUCAAAUGGGAUACGAAUCUGGGACCCGAGUGCGCAAGACUCUUGGGGCUUAUUGAAGGAGCUAAAUUGGGCGAUGCCAUUACUUCCACCUAUCGCAGUGCGAUCCAGGCGCUGCAAAUGUCCAUGAAUGCAGCCCUUAGAGCUUCGCUGAAGAAUAUAAGCGGUGUUACGGGCUGGUCUGUCAUAGUCGGCCCCGAAUAUGCCGAACAUUUGGCAAUGCAACGGCCCGAGGCUCUGGUAAUCCUGGCUCAUUACGCUGUGAUUCUACACUGGCAUCGGCACUUCUGGUUGUUUGGCGAUGGUGGCCGCUUCCUUAUUGAGUCCAUCAGCAGGUAUCUAGGCCCGAGCUGGGCGGAAUGGUUAGAGUGGCCAAACCGGAGCUUGAGUGAACCUAGUCAGUUAGGUGAAAUAUCGUAAUUCCCCUGUGCCUGGGGAUUGAGCAUGCAACGACCUGUUCAUAAGAGAGCUUACGCGGGACGUUAAGGAAUUUUUGGUGACUGCGCUGGUAGCGAUUCUCGACAUACCCACUCUGUUCUUGUGACUCAGAGGUGAUAAUCUUCUCCGUGGAGACUGUACAUACUUUCCGCAUCUUUCACAGCCCUAUCGUACGGCCUCAAAAACUUUCG